CAGUCAGUCUUCUUCAUCAUCGAUUCAUCAUCUCCACUCAACCUGCACCAACCGCUCCCGCCCGCGCAAUCCUCUUCCGCUCUCUCUCUCCCUCUCGUUAGUAUGCACUUGUGUUUCUGGUAAUCCAACUGGAAUUUAAUUUGAUCGAGGCUUUGAAUCUCUGAGGGAAUGUCUCGAGAUGGAAGUGGAUCAGAUAAAUAUGCGAUGUUGGACGAGGCAAUGGAGCUUUUGUCUUCGCUGAUAACCAAGCGAAUUCGUGCUGAUAACAGCAACCAGGGGGAUCGCUUUGAUUUGUUAUUUGAUUAUCUUAAGAUGUUGGAAUUGGAGGAGCCAAUAAAACAACUGAAGAUUAUCCAUGUGGCUGGCACCAAAGGGAAGGGAUCAACUUGCACAUUCACAGAAUCUAUUCUGCGUAAUUGUGGAUUUCAUACUGGACUUUUCACAUCUCCUCACCUUAUUGAUGUUCGAGAAAGAUUCAAGUUAGAUGGUGUAGAUAUUUGUGAAGAGAAGUUUUUGGCAUACUUCCGGUGGUGUUGGGAUAGACUGAAGAAAGGCACUUGUGAUGAUGUACCAAUGCCAACAUAUUUCCAUUUCCUUGCAUUGCUUGCCUUCAAGAUCUUUGUAGCUGAGCAGGUAGAUGUUGUCAUCUUGGAAGUUGGUUUAGGUGGAAAGUACGAUGCUACAAAUGUGGUGGAAAAUCCAGUUGUAUGUGGUAUAGCAUCACUUGGGUAUGACCACAUGGAAAUUCUUGGAGAUACUUUGGGAAAAAUUGCUGGUGAGAAGGCUGGGAUUUUCAAGAGUGGAGUGCCUGCCUUUACUGUACCCCAACCUGAAGAAGCAAUGAGGGUUCUUGAAGACAAAGCCUCACAGUUGGGUGUGAGUCUUCAAGUUGUUCUUCCUUUGGAUCCUAGCCGUAUGAACGGCGUCCGACUGGGUUUGGAUGGCGAGCACCAACACUUAAAUGCUGGCCUUGCAGUUGCACUUUGCUCAACUUGGCUGCAGAGGACUGGUCAUGUUGGAAUCAGUUGCUUAAAUCCGACCACCUCUCUACCAGAGGAAUUCAUCAAAGGGCUAGCAAAUGCUUCUCUGCAAGGGCGUUCUCAAAUUGUGCCCGAUCAAUUCCUUGAGGAAGAAAACACCAGAAAUCUAGUUUUCUUCUUGGAUGGUGCCCACAGUCCUGAAAGUAUGGAUGUAUGUGCAAAAUGGUUUAGCCUUGCAAUCAAGGAAGACUACAGUUCUCCAAAUGGAUUGGAUAUUGAUAACUUGAAAGGAUCUCAAGAAUCCAGCCAUUAUAGGACUGUGAGAAAGAAUUCUACUCAGAUUUUGCUGUUCAAUUGUAUGUCUGUAAGGGACCCUAAGUUGCUUCUUCCCCGUCUAGUGAAUGCAUGUGCUAGCCACGGAGUAAGUUUCAACAGGGCAUUGUUCAUUCCAAACACAUCAGUCUAUCACAAAGUGGGUACAAGGAACUCAUGGGAGGCGGAUGCUCGAGCGGAUGUGUCAUGGCAGAGAACUCUUCAAAGAAUAUGGGAAAACGUCGUUCCUAGGAGGGAAGGGACAGAGGCGAAGAAUGCAGACUUAUCUCAUGAGGUGAUUGGGACUGAAGCUGAGAGGGAUGCUCACGGAAGCAGUGCAGUUUUUCCGUCGCUUCCAUUGGCAAUAAACUGGCUAAGGGACAGAGCCCGAAAACAUACAUCCACGCACUUUCAGGUUCUGGUGACGGGUUCACUGCACUUAGUAGGCGACGUAUUGCGGCUCAUUAAGAAGUAAAGAGAGGUACAACUAACUUCUGCAACAUUCAGUUGCCUCCAACAUAAGAACCAUUUUAGGACCUUUCGAUAGAGGCAUGUGAAAUGAACCCAGUCUACAUUACAUUUAACUCAAUUCAUGGGAAGUUCGAGUUCUUCUUUCCUAAGGCCAAAUUCUUAUUGUGCGGAAGCACCCUAAUACA